AUGGAUUGGAGAAAACUUUUUGGCUCUUCCGAGGGACACGAACUAGAUUAUCAUCCACCUAGGGUUCAUGAAGGGGUUGUUUCUGUUCAUCCUCAUCCUGAGGUCCUUGAUACUGGAAUUAAAGAAUGGAAGCUCUCGAUUGUGGGUCAGUUUCUAGGUGUUGCCCCCAACUUUACUACAAUGCAACGCAUCGUUGGAAAUCUAUGGAAGAAGGCUAUCGGAGGCAGCAAUGUCCAGGUUCAUUUAUUUAAUGUUCCUCUAGAACUGUUCUCAAGAACCGGACUGAGUUAUAUAGCUAGUGCUAUAGGAAAUCCUCUGUCUAUGGACUCGGUCACUGCUGCAAAAUCUCGUCUGGAAUAUGCAAAAGUUUGUAUUGAGAUAGGGGUUAAUCAAGUUAUCCCUAAAUUUAUUGAUGUUCAACUUAAAGAUGGUAAAUCUAUUUCAGUUUUGGUUGAAGUUCCUUGGCUACCUUCUAGCUGUAGAAAAUGUAGUCUCUUUGGCCAUAGUGACAAGAACUGCAAUUCCUUAAAAAAUCAACCUCCUGUUAAACAGUUAGUUUGGAAAAAAAAGAAAACUCAUAACUCUACUCAACAGAUUGAACCUAUUGUAGGAGGCAUAGAGCUUUUGCAAGAUCCUGAUCCCAUUCAUCCUUCCCCUGUUGAUGAUUCUUCUAAAGCUACUGUCAGCACUGUGAUUGAGAUUAAAACUGUUGAGAAUUCUUUAGACAAUCAUAGUAAACCUGCUACUGAAAUUAUUAUUCCUAAUGAAGAAAUAGGCCUAGAGCAAACAAAAUCUAUCGAUGAUCCUACUGAAGUCAUAUCUUCUUCUCAACCUCCUAACACUAAGAGAGGUAGGGGUAGACCUAUUAAAGCAAAACUUUCUCUUUCUGAAUCUCAAAACAGAUUUGAUGUUUUAAGUGCUAUGGAUGAUUCCUCUAUUGCUCUUGAAGGCCAACAGAUAAAAUUUAGGUCUGCCUCCUUAGGAGUUUCAAAUAUAGUCAAUGAGCUGAAGCAGAAAAAGAAAGAUAAGCUUGUUAAAGCUAAAAAUGCUAAGGGUGAUGGUAGUAGAGAUGUUCUCUGCUUGCUUGAAACUAGAGUUAAAUCUAAAAAAUCCUUGAAAAUCCUCUCUAGUAAUUUUGCAAAUUGGAAUGCCUUAACCAACUAUGAUUUUGCUAUCAAUGGACGUAUUUGGAUCUUAUGGAGAAAGGGUCUUGACUUUUCCUUCUGUCAUGCAUCUAGUCAAUGCUUAACUAUCAAAGGCCUCCACUCAGGUUCUCCUUUCAUAAUUACUGUUGUUUAUGGCAGUAAUGAUGAUAUGAGAGAUUUUCAAGAUGUGCUUUCUGAUAUUGACCUUUUUGAUCAUCCUUAUUUUGGCCCAACCAUUUCCUGGAGUAAUAAACAACAAAAUUCUUUUUUAGCCAGAAAGCUUGAUAGGGUUCUUAUUAAUCAGAACUGGAUCAAUUCUUUCCAUUCUUCCCAUGUUGAGUUCCUUGCUCCAGGCAUCUCUGACCAUUGUAUGGCUCUUCUUUGGACUCGCAAAGAGAUUCUCUUCUCUAAACUUAAGCGCUUUAAGAAUCACCUCAAAGGCCUUAAUAAUUCCUUCUUCAGUGACCUUUCAAUGAGGGUUAAACUUAAAAAAACUGAAUUUGAGCAUCAACAACUCAAAACCCUCAAGGGUGAGGCUGAUUUUGAUUUGGAAAUCCCUCUUCAAAAAGUGCUUAAUUUUCUUGAGGAAACUGAAUCUAUGUUCUUUAGGCAAAAAACAAAAGUUCAGUGGAUCAAAGAUGGAGACAAAUGUACAAAAUUCUUCCACUCAGCUAUUGCUAAAAAACACAAAAGAAAAACCAUUAGACAGCUGAUUGAUGACCAAGGGAAUAGACUUGAAAAUUUUGAUGAUAUAUCCUCUGAGGUAAUUAAAUUCUUCACAAAUUUGUUGGGCACUUCAGGCCCUAUGGUCAAAAGUGUUGAUUCUGACCUUCUCAAUAAUCUUCUUCAAUCUGCUUUGUCUGUUGAUCAAGCUGCUAACCUUAUUAAGGUUAUCUCCAAGGAAGAAAUCAAAGAUGGAUUCUUUACUCAAGGUAAUGACAAAGCCCCUGGACCAGAUAGUUAUUCUCCUCUUUUCUUUAAAAAGUCUUGGCCAAUCAUUGAAAAUGAUAUUAAUGCUGUUGUUCAACAAUUUUUUAAAGAAUCUUUUCUCCUUCCUGUCUUUAAUGCUACUUCUAUUGCUUUGAUACCUGAGAUUCCUAAUCCUUGUAAGGUCAAAGAUUUCAUACCAAUUUCUUGUUGCUCUGUGUUCUACAAAGCAAUUUCUAAAAUCUUGGUCAAAAGACUCACCAGCUUAAUUCCUGACCUCACUACCCUUAACCAAACAACUUUUGUUAAGGAUAGAUCUAUUAUUGAUAAUACUCUUUUGGCUCAGGAAUUAGUGCGAGGAUAUAACAUAAAGCACAUUUCCCCUCGUUGUUCUCUGAAAAUCGACCUGCACAAAGCCUUUGAGUCUCUCAACUGGGAAUUCAUUUCUGUUGUGCUGAAAGCUAUUAAUCUUCCUUCUCUCUUUAUUUCAUGGAUUGAAACAUGCUACUCGACCACUCAAUUUUCAAUCUCUUUUAAUGGAAGCCUUAUUGGAUAUUUCAAAUGA